GUCAUCAUCAUCAGUCCACGCUCGUAGCAAGUUCCGAAACAAGUCUCAUCUCAGGACGUUUGUGUCGACAAAGUCUGUGUCAAGCCUUUCGUCGAGAGUAAACGCAGACGACGUCUUUAUUGCCAAAAAGAAAGAACAAGUAGCGUCUACGAUUUUACCACAAGAUGUGAAAUUGUAUGUAGUCUACGAAGAAAAGUUGCGAGGCGAAUCUACAAACAGGAAGAAGUAUGACGACCAAGGAAACCCCAUUGAGGCAAUGUUGGUUGAUCUGCAACUUCUUCGCUUUGCUUCUCUCGCAGCUGACAUACAGUUGCUGUUCUGCAUCAGCCUAACGGGCCACGAGAGGAAAUCGAACCUCAAUUACUACUUGGAUGUCUACUAUGAAUCCUUCAAGAGUGUCAUGGAUUGUGGGGGAUUAGCCAUGCCUUUCACCAGAGGUGAACUUGCGGAUGAAUACGAAAGCAAACGUCUUUAUGGCCUAUUUUGGGCAAUGGCUUUUUUGCCGGCCAUCCUCAGUGAAAGCGAGGACAUCCCAGAUGAGUUCUACACCAACGACUUGCUUACAGCAUCUGAAGGACCCUCCAGCUGCAUUGCUUCCCAGGAUCCCGACGGAGAGUCUGUCGGUUCUCCGAUGAGUGAGAAAGAGAAGGAGGCUUUUCUCCUCAAGUUCAAAAAGAAUCCUGAUUUGACAUCGCGUUUCCUUUCUCUCUUUGAUGACAUCAUAGGAAAUGGCGAGAAUGUAUUGUGAUAAGUUCAAUAUUGAUUUCUCUGACUUGAUGAAAGUCCUUUUCCCCCCCGUAUCGGACUCAUAUAUUUCUUUGAGGAAAUUCUCCCCAGCACUGACCCCCUUAAAUCUUUCAAGCCAAUUGUUAGCCGAAAAUAACUUCAAAUUUAUUUCAGGAAGCAUGCUGAGAACAAUAAACAGGAAAUAGCGUAUCCACUAUA